AUGUUCCCUGGCUUCCGUCGGCUGGAGAAGAUCCAGCGCGCGCGGCUCGAGCGGGAAAUCAUCUUGGCGCGGGAGCAGUACCAGGCGGAGCAAAAACAGCGAGAGGCAGAGGCACGGCGAGAAGAGAACCGCAAGAAAGCGGCCGAAGCGCGGAAGCUGCAGCUCGCUGCAAAACACGUGCGCAGUGGCAGCAGCACGAGGGGGGCGGGGCGGUCGGUGCGUGCUGUUGUGUCUGACGAGGCCGCAAGGUUUGCACGAAACACCAAUCGAGGUACUACGCAAGCGACUUGUCACGAUCUGGUGCCCGUCGCACCCGCGCUGUCGGUCCGAAGUUCCCCGACCGAGAAAAACAGACGCGCCCUGGCAAUCGAAGAUGGGUUGGCAUCUUCGUCUCUACUUCCGUCGCUGCUGCAAAUUACCGAUCGCGAGGAAAGCAGCGCGAUUGUGCCCUACGCAGGUGCACCAGCGUCUGGAAGCAAUAACAACUCGCAGAAGGCGCUCGCGCUGUACGACGAAAAGGAGUUCGCGCUGUGCGUCACCAAAGCCAAGACCUCGGCGGGCUGCUCGAAUCAACUCGCAAUCGCAGAGCGUCGCAGACAGGCCGAGGAAGAGGAGCAGCAGCGGCGAUACGAAGCGGAGUGUCGGGCUGCGUUUCUCGAGGUCAAACGGGCCGAGUGGAAACAGAGAACCAGAGAGGCCUCGGCGGAGCGGCGCCGGAAGUUGGAGGCCAAGCAGGAGAAAUCGGAGCUGCGGCUUGAACAGUUGGAGCAGAUGCGACGAAAGGCGAGCCGGCUGCGGAAAAGGAAAAAAAAGCAGCGCCUAGAGCAGCUGCGGCAGCAGGCGCUGGCCGCUGAGGCCGCGAAGAAACAAAGUAUGGAGGAAAGCAACCACUACGACACGAGUAAACUGUACGAGAUUACGAAGUUUGACGAUGAUGACGACAGCGUCGACGCUUUUCUCGGGGGAGUGAACACCACUGCUGCAGCAGCGCUUCUUGACAAGAACAGUACCGGCGUUCCAAACGCCGGUAGCGAAGACAAUGAAGUCGGGGGUGGAAGGAAAAAUCGAGAAAACAGCAACGAAAAAGCGGUUUCAAAAGCACAUCGCCACAUCCUCGAGGUGCAGCAGCGGCGCGCGGAGAUGCUUGCAGCGCGCGAACGCACGCUCGCGGAACGCAUUCGCAGAAAAGAGGAAGAGGUCAGCAGCCGCUUAGCCGAGGCAGAGCAGCUGCGACUCGAAAAAGUAGACCGGAAGAGACAGUGUGCGAAAAAGGACGAGCAAGAAAGUGUCGAGGAGGAGGGAAAUGGUGCACACGCUCCUCAUCUAGAGGAUAUUAACGCCGACCAAGACCCAAGUCGCGCAACAAAUGCGAACCUGAUGCUGGUGGCAACCACCGAGCCAGGAGGUCCUGGAGCUACGACCGGAAGUGGUCCACACGAGCAAUCCGUGUCCGACGAAGUGGCGCAGCACCAGCAGAACUUAAACGCCAUAACGGCAAAGAAGAAGCGCGCCACCGCAGCCAGGCGGAAAAAUUUCAGUUUUGCGCAGAAGCGAUAUCUCAGCCUGAAGCACCGGUACGAGAGGAUGAAGGAAGCAUUGUUUAAGUCGAAGAAAUUCUUAGCGAAGCCACCAGAGUACGAGGGAGACGAAGACGCAGCAGAUCAAAUUUCUCCGACCGACCUGAUGAACCUACAGUUCGGCGGAGCGGCGGCCGUCGCCUUGCAGUAUACACUGUUCUUUGGUUGGUUGUGUAUUGUUGCGUUUCUGCAGUUAUAAGUUUUUGAUUUCUUUGUAUCGAAAUGGAAGUGCAAAAGCUAUUUUCACAACUUCAUUUUACCAAGGUCAACCGAGACUGCCAACGAGUCGAAGCGCGCGAAGAACGCGAAACUCGCACCGGUGCUUCCAGCAGUGGAUGCUGUUUGGAAGGAGCUGACGGCGACCACGGCACACAUUCCGGAUCCGCAGGACGUCCUGGAUGGCGAUUCUGCCGCCAUGCAGCAAUCGAAUAAGCGCAACCGACGACUGCGGUGCGGCCUGUGCGAGCUCGAGUUUAGCGAGGAGAACUUGCCGACGCGGAUUACGCACACUCGGGUGGAAAAGCUUCGGGCGGAUUUUCUGUCUCGCUGCGAAGACGAGGUGCUUCUGAAUAUGGACUACGAAAAAACGGGAACCUAUGACAAAGUGCCACUCUGUGCGUUUUGUCUGGACAUUGCCAAGUUUCACAUCGAAAACGAAAAAAUUUGAGACAGAUGAUCAAUUUCGGAAUUGAGGAAGAUGCUAAACGGAAUGUAGACUUUUGCUGGCAAACAGCAGAGGUUCGCAUUGGGGCAGUGGGGUGAUGAACAGAAAAACUACCGUGAAGUGAAAAGUGACCCAUGAUCAAAAAAAAAAUCUCAUUUUGAACUUCCUCACCAAGAACGCUGUAAAACAGUGAAUUCAACUCCUUCGCUUGGAUGAAUUUCAAUGUUCUUGUACAAAUCUACGGCAUGCCCAUGCGAGAGCAUCUCAGAGUUGGCGCAUGGCUUCACGG